GCCAGCGUUACUGUGUGAGCCACCUUGUCGCGCUCCCUUCCGAACGAUGGCGGACGAUGAUGAGACAGCAACAAAAGAGGCUGAAGAAGACGACAUGUGCGGCAGCGACUGUGAGAACGAUGAGGAUGACGCCCAUAGCCAAGAUAAGAUCCCAGGGGAUGAGACGGGAGCAAGGAAGAAAAAAAGGAAACCAAAACGGAAGAAGGAAAAAGAAAGUGGGAGGCCAGACUCGGUCGAUCAAUCAAGGUCUAACUCGUUGCCUGCCGAGAAGCUCCAGGAGAUCCAGAAAGCCAUUGAACUGUUUAAUGUUGGUCAAGGCCCAGCAAAGAGUAUGGAAGAGGCAACCAAACGCAGUUAUCAGUUCUGGGAUACCCAGCCGGUGCCAAAGCUUGGUGAAGUAGUGACAGUACAUGGCCCUAUUGAACCAGACAAGACAAAUAUUCGACAAGAGCCCUACAGUUUGCCGCAAGGAUUUCUCUGGGAUGCCCUGGAUCUUGGGGAUGCUGAAGUGUUGAAGGAGCUGUAUACGCUGCUGAAUGAGAACUAUGUGGAGGAUGAUGACAACAUGUUUAGGUUUGAUUACUCACCUGAAUUCUUAUUGUGGGCUCUGCGUCCUCCUGGCUGGUUGCUCCAGUGGCAUUGUGGUGUACGGGUCGGCUCCAACAAGAAAUUAGUGGGUUUCAUCAGUGCCAUUCCAGCUAAUAUUCAGAUUUACGACCACCAAAAGAAGAUGGUGGAAAUUAACUUUCUGUGCGUGCACAAAAAACUGCGAGCGAAGCGGGUGGCUCCAGUCUUGAUCCGUGAGAUCACCAGGCGAGUCAACCUUGAAGGCAGUUUCCAGGCUGUGUACACUGCAGGCGUGGUGUUGCCUAAACCCGUAGGCACUUGCAGGUACUGGCACAGGUCACUAAACCCACGCAAACUAGUUGAGGUGAAAUUCUCUCAUCUGAGCAGAAACAUGACUAUGCAACGAACAAUGAAACUAUAUAAAUUACCAGAGACACCAAAAACACACGGUCUGAGGCCGAUGGAACAUAAGGAUUUAAAGGGUGCGUGCAGCCUGAUGAGAGAAUACUUGAAGCAGUUCCACCUGACUCCAAUAAUGAAUGAAGAGGAGGUCGCUCACUGGUUCUUGCCUCAGGAAAAUAUUAUAGAGACUUAUGUGGUGGAGAACCCUGAAGGAAAAUUGACAGAUAUGAUCAGUUUUUACACACUCCCUUCCACCAUCAUGCACCAUCCUGUUCAUAAGAGCCUGAAAGCUGCUUACUCUUUUUAUAAUGUCCAUACCAAGACUCCCCUUGUUGACCUCAUGAAUGAUAGCCUCAUCCUUGCUAAGUCGAAAGGUUUUGAUGUUUUCAAUGCACUGGAUCUAAUGGAAAACAAGACCUUCUUAGAAAAGCUGAAAUUUGGGAUUGGUGAUGGCAACUUGCAGUAUUAUCUGUACAAUUGGAAGUGCCCCAGCAUGGCUCCUGAGAAGAUUGGACUCGUGCUGCAGUAAAGUUGCUAUAAAUGGAGCUGGGAAAAGCUACCAAUCAGCCAUAUCAGAAAUGUAUUCUGGCCUGACACUGCUGAACCUGGAAGCUAGUGAGAAAUGGUGAAGGAAUGAAGCCCAUGGCACUUGAAGAGUUUACAGAUUAUAGCAUCCCACAUACUCAUUGCCCUGCCCAACUCUGUCAAAAUCAAGAUAUAUGCAUUAAACAUGAUUUUAAUAAAUGGAUUAGAACUAGUCAAAUUGGAAAAGGCAAUGUCAAGAGUGUCCAAAGAUUGAAGCAGUGUCUUGUAUCUCUGAGCUUUGACCAAGAUUUAUCUCGCCCAAAAAGCCACAUCAACAAAAACAGGUUUCUUAUUAAACUGUUUAAGAAUCUAAUUUCUUAAUGUAUUAAUUUGGUAAUUAUUAUCUGUAGAUGAUUGUCUUUUCAUAGAGUUUUAUGGUGACCUCAUUUACAGUGCUCUCCGUAAUGUUUGGGACAAAGACCCGUCAUUUAUUUAUUUGCCUCUGUACUCCACAAUUUGAGAUUUGUAAUAGAAAAGAAUCACAUGUGGUUAAAGUGCACAUUGCCAGAUUUUAAUAAAGGCAAUUUUAAUAAAUUUUGCUUUCACCAUGUAGAAAUUACAGCAGUGUUUAUACGUAGUCCCCCCCCGUUUCAGGGCGCCAUAAUGUUUGGGACACAGCAAUUUCAUGUAAAUGAAAGUAGUCAUGUUUAGUAUUUUGUUGCAUAUCCCUUGCAUGCAAUGACUGCUUGAAGUCUGCGAUUCAUGGACAUCAUCAGUUGCUGGGUGGUUUCUCUGGUGAUGGUCUGCCAGGCCUGUAUUGCAGCCAUCUUUAGCUUAUGCUUGUUUUGAGAGCUAAUCCCCUUCAGUUUUCUCUUCAGCAUAUAAAAGGCUUGGGUUCAGAUCAGGUGAUUGACUUGGCCACACAAUAAUUGACCAUUUUUUAGCUUUGAAAAACUCCAUUGUUGAUUUUGCAUUAUGUUUUGGAUCAUUGUCUUGCUGUAGAAUGAACCGCCGGCCGAUGAGUUUUGAGGCAUUUGUUUGAACGUGAGCAGAUAGAAUGUGUUUAUACACUUCAGAUUUCACUAUGCUAUUACCAUUAGCAGUUGUAUCAUCAAUGAAGUUAAGUGAGACAGUCAGCAGCCAUACAUGCCCAUAAUACCCCCACCACUGUGUUUUACAGAUGAGGUGGUAUGCUUUGGAUCUUGGGCAGUUCCUUCUUUCCUUCAUACUUUGCUCUUGCCAUCACUCUGAUAUAAUUUAAUCUUCAUCUCAUCUAUCCACAAGAUCUUUUUCCAGAACUGUGGUUGCUCUUUUAAGUACUUCUUGGCGAACUGUAACCCGGGCAUCCUAUUUUUGUGGCUUUGCAUCUUGCAGUGUAGUUUGUGUUUCUGUUCAUGAAGUCUUCUGCGGACAGUGGUCAUUGACAAAUCCACACCUGCCUUCUGAAGAGUGUUUCUGAUCUGUCUGACAGGUGUUUGGGGUUUUUUCUUUAUUAUAGAGAGAAUUCUUCUCUCAUCAGCUGUGGAAGACUUCCUUGGCCUGCCAGUCCCUUUGCAAUUAGUAAGCUCACCAGUGCUCUCUUUCUUCUUAAUGAUGUCCCAAAUAGUUGAUUUUGGUAAGCCAAGGUUUGGCUGAUGUCUCUUAACAGUUUUAUUCUUGUUUCUCAGUCUCAUAAUGGCUUAUUUGACUUUCAUUGGCACAACUUUGGUCCUCACGUUGAUAAAACAGCAAUACAAGUUUCCAAAGGUGAUGGAAAGACUGGAUUGAAAGAAUAGGUGCUGAGCGCUCUCUUAUACCUGCAUUAAGGAGGCAAUUAAACACACCUGAGCAAUUACAAACGCCUGUGAAGCCAUGUGUCCCAAACAUGAUGGCCCUGAAAUGGGGGGGAACUAUGUAUAAACACAGCUGUAAUGUAUAAAAAUACCCUUUAAUAAAAUCUGACAGUGCACUUUAACCACAUGUGAUUUUUUUUCUAUUACAAAUCUCAAAUUUUGGAGGACAGAUGCAAAUAAAUAAAUGAUGGGUCUUUGUCCUAAACAUUAUGGAAGGCACUGUAUUGAGCAUGCUUUAAGUAGCAUUUCCAAUGCAGUGGGACAUGCUUACGUAUGAGGGUGGGAGUUUUCCAGACUAGAGUUUUGGGGUUCUCUACAACUGCAGGUUACCAAAAAGUGUUGUCUUCAUACACUUUUGUUUGUUUUCUGAUCAAAUUUGAGGAUAGGUUGCCACGUUAAACCUGAGAAGAGUAGCUUGCUGGGAUGAAAUGAGUUGAACCUUGUGUUAGGCUUAAGACAAAAACUAAACACACAACAGUUGAUGGAAAUCAUUGUUUAAUUUAGGAAAUAAAAAAUGUGUUGCAAAAUCUAGAAGUUAACAGUA